AUGUCAGCUCUCUUGAAACUCUUCUCUCACCUCUACGCCAUUACCAUAGCCUUAUUCAAUCUCUUACUCUUCAAAGCCCUAUUUCUGAUCCGGUCCUGCGUCCCCGGAACUGAGGUCACAAAUCCUGAUAAGCUUUUGCGCAUAGUUAGCGCACAAUAUCUCAGCAUCAUUGAACAAACAAAUCCAACAAUUCACUACUGUGAAAAAUUCAGCUGGCAGCAAUCUCGAGACUGUGCAGUAUGCUUAUCAGAAUUUAUGGAAGGCGAAAGGGUUAGGAAAUUGCAAUGCAAUCACGCGUUCCACAAGGAGUGUUUAGACAAAUGGUUACAGCAGUAUAUGGCUACAUGCCCACUUUGCAGGACUAGGGUUCUGGCAGAUGAGAUUGUGGUCAAUUAUCAUCAGCUGCGAGAUAAUAUACUGAACGGUGGAAGCUACGAUGAUACCAUUUUCUUGUUAUCUUCAUUAUAUGGCAAUCGUUUGAACAAACUUCUCUAG